GAGGAGAAUUCCCACCUCCUGAGUUUCUUUCCAGCUCAACGUCGUCCUUGCUCGCAUCCCUGCCCCGCUGCUUAGCGUCCCCCACGUUCCUUAAAAACCUUUGCCUCGUGCACAUCUUCUUUCUCCAACUACCACCUUUGGACCUCAGUUUUACCCCCUUUUCUACACAACAAUGAAGUUCACCGCUAUCGUUGCUUCUCUGCUCGCUUCCGCCGCUGUUGCUUCUGCUCAGCUCACGGUUAUUAGACCCAGUGCCGACGAAUGGUGGGUCGCCCGCUCCCAAAACGUUCUCGAGUGGGACUGCCAGUCCAGCACCGUCGAAGAUUUCACUGUUUUGAUCGGUAACGACGACGGACUCGAGGGCCUCACCAUUCCCCUGCCCAUCAUCGCCAUCCAGAAGAACUACGACUGCUCCAUCGUCAUCACCCAGGAUCAGGCUAACCAAGCCCCCGGCACUGGCUACCGAAUUCACCUCGCCAACAUCAUCAACAACACCGACAUUUACGCCUCCUCCGAGCCUUUCGAGAUUAAGCCCCUCGGUUCUCUCUACCCCUCCCAGCAAGCAGAGGCCGACGCCAAGACCCGCAGCUCUGGCUCCGCCGGUGCCUCCCCCACCGGAGGUGCUGGUGACAAGGACGAGGACGGUGCUGCUGCCCGCUCCGUUGUCGGUCUCGCUGCCGGUGCCGCCGCUGUCGCCGGUGCCCUCUUCUCCCUGCUCUAAGCCCUGGGCCCGGUUUCUAGGAUCUGAUACGAUACUUACUGACAGACGAUCUCUUUCCUUGAAAUGUAUACCAUUGAUCUGCUAUUGACGGUGCUGUUUUCCUAAUCUCUUCUUGUUUGUGUGUAUACUGUUGUUUUUUGUACGAGCCUAUCAACGGACGCUUCAUUCU